AUACCUCAUAUUCGCCUUUUUCCUUGGCUGGACAGCUUAGUUGGACACUCAAUAGCCAUGAGGAUGCCGACGGCUGUUUCUGACGCGGAACUCUCUCCCAUCCCGCGUUGCCAACGAACCUGGACUGAGAUUACGUCAUUGCGUCACUUGUUGGAGGCUUCCAAGGUUGUUUAUACGAACUGAAAGAACAAAUAUAAGACCGUUAUUCACGCUUCAAUCGUCGUCCAUCUAUCCCAGCAGAUCCAUCAUCCUUGACAACACCCUUGUGCCACGCUAUCUGUACAAUCCCGCGAUUAGAAGUAACCAGAAAAGAUGACUACAACCCCAAUUCAUUCCACCGGUCGUGGAGGUGCUGGCAACAUUGGACCUGACACCAGCGUAUACACUGACGGAGGCCUCGUCCGUGAGGGUAUCCAAGGCGAAUCAGCAGACGGCGAAUUCUCAACUGGCCGUGGGGGAGCCGGAAACAUCGGUCAAUCGCCUCGCGUUGGACCACAGUCUGAUGACGGACGUCGUCGCUCAGUAGACAUGGUCCCAGAAAUCAACCAGCGGAAUGCACAGGACGAAUUCCACACUGGCCGAGGUGGCGCCGGUAACGUAUACAAGGAAAAGCACGGCGGCCACUCACACUCUCCCGAGCGCAAGGGCCUGGGCGAGAAGGUGAAGCAGGCGCUUCAUCUCGACAAGAAGAAGGAACAUGAAACAUCUCCUUUGGCUAAGAACGAGACCUCUAUUUGAUUGUGAUACCCCGAUUGGAUGCUUUUGAUGGAGGAUCUCGUAAUGGGAUAAGCGUUCAUGAUACCUACCUCAGGCUAUGGGCUAUGAGCCAACCUAGUUUUCCUUUGCAGUCAUAGUCUUCUAAACUCGAUUGUAUAUCCUCUUUCAUGA